AAUUACAGGCGGGGUUUAUUGUUUUCUCGUGCAUGUCGUGGAUAUUUAUGUCUGUCUGCGGUCCGUUACAUUGUUUGAUUUCCGUGUUCCUGACGGAAUAUUGUUUUAUUCACAUUUACAAACUCUCGAUACUGACUGUAGAUGUAACUAAACAGUCAGUGAUUCUUUUGAGUCGUUUGAAGGUUGGCGCGUGAGAACAUACAAAACCGAGUAUGAAUAAACACUGAAGGGAAAACGCUUAUGGAGCCUGUUUAUAAUGGGCUUCUUGAUCUUCAGGAAAUGAUUGAUAUUUAAAGCACCAUGCCUCCAGUGACCUCUCAGGAACUCCCUCUCAACAUCUAUGUGGUCAUCUUUGGCACUGGGAUCUUUGUCUUUGUCUUAAGCCUGAUAUUCUGCUGCUUCUUUAUAAGUAAAUUGAGACACCAGGCUCGGAAUGUGAGAGCAGGAUACAAAAUGGUCGUAUUUAAAGAUGAAACGUCGCGGAUACAUGCACAUGGGUUAACAUGUGCAGUCUGUUUGGAGGACUUCAGGACAAAAGAUGAGCUCGGAGUGUUACCAUGCCAACACUCCUUUCACAAGAGGUGUCUGGUGAAGUGGCUGGAAGUGAGAUGUUCAUGUCCCAUGUGCAACGAUAACCCCAACAGCGCUGCUCUGGGACAAACACACAGCCCGGGAAACUUGCUGGAUGAGAUGGUUUAACUCCUCCAAUGAAGAGGCUCUGACACAUUUUUACAUAGAAACCUUGUAGAGCUCAAGCGAAUGGACUCGAUCUAAAAACACUGCUGUUGUAAUACAUCAUUUGUAAUGUUUUUGUAUAUGUGGUUAAAAAGGUUCACACACAAUAAAUAUUGUGAGUUUCUUUA